AUGGCAUCUAUCGAGCAUGUACCUGAUCGAGGGCCGACAUACAUCACUGCCACGGCUGUCAUAACUAGCAUUGAUUUCAUCCUGGUGGCCUUUCGGUUGUUAUGGAGAUCGAUCGUGCAGCAGUCUGUUGGCACUGAUGAUGUCUUCAUCGGCUUAGCCAUGGCCAGCCAGAUUGUCAUCACUGUCGUGGGUGAUUUGGCUUGUCGCUACUCCUUCGGUCGACAUAGGAGUGAUAUUCCAAAGUCAGGAGGCAAUGUCGUGCUUGGACUGAAGUACUUCUGGCUCUUCCAGAUCCUAUACAAAUUGACAAUCUGCUUCAACAAACUGUCCCUUCUCUCUCUAUACCUACGGCUCUUCCCCUCGAAAACUUUCCGCACGCUCUGUUACGUGACCAUCGCAAUUAUUGUCGGAGGAAGCAUCGGCUUCAUAUUUGCCACUGUUUUCCAAUGUAUCCCCGUCUACGCCAGCUGGCACAAACAAACCCCCGGCAUGAAGUGCAUCGACAACGCCGCCUUCCGCUGGUCCUGGGCUGCGUACAACACGGCCAGCGACAUCUGGAUCUUCCUGAUGCCCCUGCCGCGGUUGGCUCGGCUUCAAUUGGACCGCACGCGCAAGGCCGGCCUGAUUGUGAUCUUCAGCCUGGGUCUCUUUGUCUGCAUCACCAGCAUCGUCCGCAUGGUCUACAUCGCGGUCAGCACCACCACCUCAGACCCAACGUGGGGCUCGUUCGACGCCCUGCUCUGGAGCGCCAUAGAGCCCGGCACCGGCAUUAUUUGCGCCUGUUUACCCUACCUCAAGCAUCCCCUCCAACGUGCGUUCCCCAAUGUCUUCUCCACACUGGGAUCUUCAGGCAACUCGCGCUCGAAGCGCACCUAUGGGGACUACGGUCUGUCGUCCGGUAAUCCUCGGUCCCGAGUCUCUCGGCCUCGUGCUCCUGGCGACGUCUUCUGGCCGCACGGGGAUGGGGUCGAUAAUUGGGCCAUGGUUGCCAAUGAAGGGAGACCCAGUGCGGAUAGCAGGGAGCCAAUUGCUACGGGCCAAAUCCUGAUGAAAACGGAUUUUGAAAUGCAGACUCACAUACGGGGUGAGAGCUAA